GGCAACUUGUUAUCCACACAACUUUCCUCUUUGAAACCAUCACUGAAUCACAAUCUUCUCUCCCUCCACACAAAACCCUCGUCUCAAUCCCAACAAUCACACAAAAAAAUGUCAGUCGCUUCAUCACCUUCAUUUCCAUGCAUCAAACUCCGCACCCCAUCAUCAUCACCACCGUCUUCCUCUUCCCUCAGAUUCACCAUUAGGAGCUCUCAAGCCGACGGCCCUUUCCGGAGACCCACCGCUCCCACCCCUGUAAAGCCAGUGCCGCCUUCUCCGUCUCCGUCUCCAUCUCCGCCGCAGCCGGCAGCGGUGGUGCAGGACAAGAAUGUGAUAACGUUGGAAUUUCAGAGGCAGAAGGCGAAGGAGCUGCAGGAAUACUUCAAGCAGAAGAAGCUGCAGACAGUCGAUCAAGGUCCAUUUUUUGGCUUCAUUGCCAAGAAUGAGAUCUCCAAUGGCAGAUGGGCAAUGUUUGGUUUUGCUGUGGGAAUGCUAACAGAGUAUGCAACUGGUUCAGAUUUUGUGGAUCAACUCAAAAUCCUCCUCUCCAAUUUUGGGAUUCUUGAUCUUGAUUGAUACCUCCUUCUUUUCCCCAUCUUCUAAUCUGCUUUGUAACGCCACUUUCUUUUCUAUGUUUGCUCAACAUUUUUCACAUACAUGUAUAAUUACACUACACUCAUCCAUCUGUAUAAUUUCGAAUAUGUCUGCUACAUUACAAAUUUCAUUUGAUUCGAUUCAUGUCA